UCUCAGCUGCCAUAAAGCAGGACAGGACUGCUGCUUCCAAUGGGGAUCAGAUAGGAUCUGUGCAGCCACUGGGACAGAAUGUUCUGUUAUACAGAUUAGAAAGGUGAGACCCGACAAGACUGAAGGCUGAGAUACUCCUGUAUAUUUUGCACUGAGGAAAAGCUUUAAAGGCUUAAAAAGGGUAAAAUUAAAUUGAUGUGAACUUGCUGAAGGUGCUUCUCUAAGCACUUUAGUCCCUACAAUGUAUAUUUGCCUUUUGUCUUUCAUUUGUGCUUUUCCCCUUUAAUUCCUUUAGCCCCUCCCAGCUAGAGUCUGGUCACAUGACCAAGUGAUGUCACUACAGUGAGGGAGGUGGCAGUUAGUGAAUCAGGAUGUCUGAGUGUCAGGAGGUCCGGCUUCAAAGGGAAACCCACCGGCGGCUCAAGCAGUAUGGCAGUCUCAGAGGGAAGGAGGUGCAGCCUGGGGAAUUCUGGGACAUAGUGGUCAUUACGGCCGCUGACCGGCAGCAAGAGCUGGCCUAUCGACUGCAGAUCAACGAGAAACUGGUGCGGAAAGAACUUCCUCUUGGGGUUCGUUAUCACGUCUUUUCUGAUCCACCAGGACCAAAAAUUGGUAAUGGGGGAUCGACUCUGUAUUCGGUUCAGUGUUUAGAGCAGAUCUAUGCGGCUGAGCUGGAGAGAGUUACAGUUAUGCUAAUUCACGCCGGUGGAUACAGUCAGCGCCUGCCCAAUGCCAGUGCCCUGGGGAAGAUUUUCACGGCUUUGCCCCUCGGGGAGCCGACCUAUCAGAUGCUGGACGUGAAAUUAGCCAUGUACAUUGACUUUCCCAGGAACAUGAAGCCGGGGGUGUUAGUUACCUGCGCCGAUGACCUUGAACUUUACGCCAGCGGCGAUUUAGCGGUCGCAUUCGAUAGGCCGGGUAUCACCGCCCUGGCGCAUCCCUCGACAUUAACUAUCGGUACGACGCACGGGGUGUUUGUGUUGGGGGAUUCUGUUCCGGGGUACGAGGAGCUUCAGUACAGACAGUGCAAGUCUUAUCUCCAUAAACCUUCCAUUGAGAAGAUGCACCAAUCAGGGGCCGUCAAUAUCCUCCAAUCAGAAGGCAGUAUGCCGGAUGCUGAGGUCGUAUAUACGGACAGUUUAUUCUAUAUGGACCAUUAUACUGUGAGACGGUUACUGGGGUUCUUCCGUGACCUGGGGGGGCUUUCCUGUGAAAUCGACGCCUACGGGGACUUUCUCCAGGCGCUGGGGCCCGACGCCACCGCAGAAUACACGGAAAACGUGGCGAACGUCUCCAAAAUCGAAUCCCAACUGACGGACGUCAGGAAGAAAAUCUAUUAUCUCCUACGCGGCACCGAAUUCGCCGUCGUCCUGUUAAAUAACUCCAAGUUCUACCACAUCGGAACCACGCGGGAAUAUCUGCGCCACUUCACCUCCGACCCCCAACUCAGGGCACAACUUGGGUUGGGGUCAAAGGUUUUUAGCCUCGUCCCAGGUGGAGCCGAAGAAACGGCGUGCGUCAUUCAGAGCGUUCUGGACCCGACAGCCGCGGUUUCGCCGGACUCAGUGGUGGAAUACUCCAGACUGGGCCCCGAUGUUACUAUAGGGGGACACUGUAUCGUUAGUGGCGUCUCUUUACCUAUUGGAUCUCACGUCCCCCCCAAAUCCUUCGUCAGCUCAUUUAGCCUGAGGGUGGGGGAGCAGCUCGUGUAUUCAACAGUCGCUUUGGGCAUAGACGACAAUUUAAAAACAAGUGUCAGCUCCUUGGCCGAUGUCAGUUCCCUUCAGUUCUGUGGGAGGAGCCUAUCGAAAUGCCUGAAUCUCUGGGGAAUUCGUGUUUCACAAGAACUUUUUUCCGGGGACCCAAAAGCUCUGAGUCUGUGGACCGCCCGAAUAUUCCCAGUGGGGGAGACUUUAGCAGAUUCUGUUAAAUUAUCUAUAGAAAUGUUGGGGGGCGCAGCCUGCGGGGAGUCUCUGGGGAUUCUGGGAAACGUUAAAAGGGUCUCCAUGGAGGAAAUUCUCCUGCACAAAGAUGUGGAAGCCAUGCUCCACUUCCGGCAACUUCUCUACACGGACAUUGUCUCUCACAAUCUGUAACCUUGUCCUGGUACCCCUGAACUAUAGCAGGGUGACACCCCAAUGUUUCUAUAUAUCUGUAACCUUGUUAUGAGCUAAGGGGGCCCAGUCUGAAGGUCAGUUAAGGGGAGAUUUGGGGUGAGUGAUUAUUUGUGCCCCUGCCAACUUUGUGACUGAUCAGGGCAGGAUAACAUGAAAAAUUAAAAUAGUUUGGUGAUAUCUGUGAGGCUUCUGAAUAAUUUAUUAAAGUAUUUAAACGAA